AUGAGAAGGAAGUCGAGGUGGAAAAUUUUCUUGGCGCGGUGGAGUCUGCUAAGGGCGAGAAGGAAAGGGCUAAGAAGAAAAAAGAGCAAGCCGAGCUGGUCGUGGCUGGUCGUGGCUGGGCUCAAGCUGGAGGUUGAGUCUUUAAAAUCUGUUUUAAAGGCCAACGAGAAUACCAUAAAGGACAUUCAAGCUAGGUGUGCUGAUAAUUACGUCGACGGUUAUGAAGACAUGAGGGAUCAAGCUACCAAGAAGUAUCCUGAUAUAGACUUCACUUAUUUUGUACCCCCUUUAUCUUCAAAACUAACUGCUGAGGUUGAGAAAGCGCCAGCAGACCAUGUGGUGCUGCUUUUGGCUGCCAAGACCCCUCCUGCAUCCCUUCUGAAAGGUUCAUCGAGAAUUUAG